UCAAGUCGUCGCGAGACUUUAACCCUCGGCCCUCGCAUUCUAACAGAACCAAAAUCCAAUUUCUCAAACAUUCUGUGAUUUUCGCCUCAUCAAAUCUGCUAUCCAGGGGUGUCAUGGCUGCUGAUGGUGGGUGGCUCUCUGAAGACGUUCCUGAAUUUGGAGCAAUCUUCAUGUCCAACAGAAGUACAAAGGAUGAAUGUUUCAAUAAAAGAGUCUUUGGACUUCCGCUGUCUUCUGCUAAUUUUGUGAAGAAUGUCAAAGCUGGAAUGUUUUUGUUUCUUUUUGAAUAUGAGCAGCGGAAUCUUUAUGGGGUUUUUAAGGCUACUUCAGAUGGUGGAAUGAAUAUUAUACCUCAAGCAUAUCGUUCAUUGGGAAUGUCCUUUCCUGCACAGGUUCGCUUUCGUAUUGUUUGGAGAUGUCAUCCCCUUUCUGAGAAUUGUUUUCGUGAUGCUAUUAGAGACAACUACUAUGCACCUAACAAGUUUAGGUUUGGUUUGUCUGAGGAACAGGUUCAGAAGCUUUUAUGGCUGUUUGACACUAGUAGGUCCAGCAGAGUUCAAAAACCUCUAGUAUUCGAGAACUUGAAGAGAAGGUCCAUCGAAUCUUCUGAUAGGAAGAUAGAUUUUGCUACAGCGCGAAUCAGUGAGAAUUCUUCGUCUGGAAGUCAGUUAAUUCAGUUGCAGAGAGGUCUUGAUCAGUGCAGGAGUACUUCUAAUAAUUCAUUGUUGCUUGAAAACCCCGGGACACCAGUUAAGCAGGCAGACAGUAGAUUUACUUCAAAACAUGGAUUUACAGCUCAAGUUAGUAAGGAUUCUUCAUCAGGAAGUCUGUUAAUUCAAUUGCAGACAGGACCUGACUGCAAGAAUACUUCUAAUGAUUCAUUGUUACUUGAAGAUUACAUACCAUUAUCUGAUCCCGAAGAUUGUGACCCUGUAAACUCUGGUGAUGGAAAUGAUCAAAGUGACUCUGAACUUCACCCCAUAGUGAGGAGGCUCUACUCUGACACUAAACAGAAAAGGCGGAGUGUGUUUACUCGGUUGCAAUGUGGCUCACAAGAAUUGGGAGAAAACUCUCGUAAGAAUAUAAAUUAUCUUUCUCAUACAAAAUGGGAUUCAGAGUCUUCAUCUUUUGAACAAGAAAGUGAAAGAAAAUCUGGGGUUCCUCAAUCAGUGCACAGAAAAUUGAAGAAAUUGGAGUGGAGACAUGAAAAGUGGAUGGUGGAGGAUAUAACUCCAAGUAAGAAGGCCAAUGUGUUUUCCCGCAUUAGUUUUCCUCCAGACUUCCCUAUGUAUGACAGGGACAGAGAAGUUAACAGUCUCUCUAGAUUGAACAGUACAUACAAUGCGAGCUCCUAUCUUAACGAAGCAAAUGAGAAUGCAAAAAAGAGAAGCCACCAAGUACCUAUCCCAGACCAUUCAGAUGGUAAGAAUAUCAGCAUGUCAAUCCAAGUGGAGAUGCUUGGAAAUUCAGAAAGAGUUGAAGUAAACUUAAAGGACUCAUCAAGCCCGGUGAAAGUGAAACUAACAUCUCACCAUCUGGAUUUCAAUCAUGUUCAUGAAAGAAGAACGUUGAAAACACUUAAUGUGAUUGAGGAAAUGGACAGCCGUCAAGUGUUUAAAGAGCCUUUUCCUGAAGAUGAACAUCACAAGAGGAAGAAAUUGAUGAGGUCAACAGGUAGUGAUUUCUCAAAUUGCAUCAUGGCUGCACCAUGCCCUGUUGCUAGUGAAGGUGGCACGAAAAAGGCUUUGAGGUUGAGAGACUGACAUGAGCUAGCUAUAAGUGGUUACAUAGUAGUAUCAGAACAAUGAGAAAAAAGGCAUUUAGAAAAUGGUGUUGCUUUCUUGAGUCACAGAGAUUUUUGCUCAUGGCAUGCUACAAAAGCUCUCCAGGGGUAAAGCACUUUACUUCUACAUCACAUCAUCCUCUCUAUGCAUUUUCUUAUGAGUAUUAGUAUAGAGCUUGUAAAUACUUUGACUCUCAAUGAUGGCUGAAACCUCCUCCUCUAAACAACUUCUGUUGAUUUGCUUAUACAUUCUUGUGUGUAAACUAUGUUGCUCCUUUUCUGAGUUUUUGUUUGAAUGUGUGGAUUACGCUAGGAACCCUUC